AUGGCAGACCGUUCACCCGUCAAGUUCACAGUAACAGAGCAUACAAUUGACGCGCAAUAUAUUCGUGAAUAUCCCACUGCAACGCUUUCUCAAGAUUCUCCUUUACAACUUGUGGUGAAAAAGUAUACGCCUAUUGACAACCCAAAUCCCCAACCAGGCGAUGUUACCAUCAUUGGGGCGCACGGAUGCGGCCUCCCAAAGGAGCUCUAUGAGCCGUUAUGGGAAGAAAUCCUAAUGCAAAGUGAACAGCAAGGGUUUCGGAUUGGAUCGAUAUGGAUUGCAGAUAUGGCGAGUCUAGGUACCAGCGGUGUUGUAAAUGAGGGCAUGCUCGGUGAUGAUCGUGAGUGCACCUUGUUCUACAUUUGGAUCUCCCGGCUAAUCAGUACAGCGUCCCCGUUUGACCAUUCUCGUGAUAUUCUACACAUGAUCAAUCAGUUUCGCCAUGAGAUGCCGAGGCCCAUCAUUCGUGUAGGGCAUAGUAUGGGUGCGACUCAACUCACUAUGCUAUCGCUUGUACAUCCCCGCCUGUUCACAUCGCUGGUUCUCAUGGAACCAGCCUUGACAACAACAAUCUGGCCCCACCAAUUAUUUGUGCUCCUCACCCUCAAACGACGGGAUACCUGGCCAUCCAAAUCUGAAGCCAUCGAGUCAGCCGCAAAGUCAUAUGCACGAUGGGAUUCUCGCGUCCUGAAGCGGUGGAACGAGCAUGGAUAUCGCAAUUUGCAGACGGUUUCCCCACAAACAGAUGGAGAAAGCAAACCCUUUGACGGACCAGUCACUCUAACCACCUCAAUCUAUCAAGAGGCCAUGGUGUAUCUUCGACCAGACUUCAUGGGCCACACUACUUCGGCACUAGCAGACUCCACCAAAGCCCCUCCGCAUGACCCUCUCAUGUAUCCCGACAUUAUUGAUCCUCCCCGCCCAGCGAGGCCAUUUUAUCGAAGCGAGGCACGUAUUGCGCUCAAUAUGCUCAAACACAUCCGACCGCCAGUCUUUUACUUGUUUGGCGGGGAGAGUCAGGUAACAACGCCCAAGGAUCAAGCUCAAAUUCUCGAGAGGACAGGUGCAGGAAUUGGGGGAAGCGGCGGAGUGAAACAUUCCCAAGUUGAGAAAACAGUUAUGUUAGACUGUGGCCAUAUGGUCCCAAUGGAGAAUGUGAAUGAAAGCGCGUCUCUUAUUGGGACAUGGGUGGGCCAGUCUGUGCAGAGGUGGCAUGAGGACGAACAGCGAGUCCACCAGAGAUGGACUGAUCGGUCAGCAAAGGAGGUGCUAACUGCGCCUGCUAAAUGGAUACCCAUACUAGAGGGGAUUUUGAAGGCCGAAGCACAGAAAGCGAAGUCUAAAAUCUAG